UGGAAUCAUGACCUGAGCCGAAGGCAGAUGCUUAACGACUGAGCCACCCAGGCGUCCCUGUCAUUCUUUUAUAAAAAUUGGCAUCGUACUGUGCACUUUUUGCAUCUUUUCUUACUUAUUACUACCUAUUGGAAAUCCCUGCUAGUCCUCUGCUGAAGGCCAGGUUCAGCCUUUUGAGUGCUGUGGGGAUGUUCUGAGCGCAGGCGUACUGAUUCACUCAGCCGCUCCUCUUCCAUAGCCAAUUUGCCUUAUUUUUUGCCACUACGAAUGAUGCUGCAGCGACCACUCCCAGCCAGUGGUCUUUCACAGAUGAGUGAUGUAAAUCGCUAUCCACCACUUGACCUGCUCCACCGAAAUAAAUCCUAAAGAUUGCCAUGAAUGUUUUUUGAAUUAAAAAUGGAGAAAUGCAUGAUUUAGACUAUAGAAAUCCUCCAUAAUCUCACCUGCCAGAGAUAACCACCACUAAAUUUGGAGUGUAUUUUUCCAGGCUCUGCAUGUGCCAACAUAUACAUACACAAUAUUCUUUUUUUUUUUUUUUUUAAGAUUUCAUCUAUUUACCUGACAGCACAAGCAGGGGGAGCGGCAGGCAGAGAAGCAUGCUCCCCACUGAGCAGAGAGCCUGGCAUGGGGCUCAAUCCCAGACCCCAGGAUCAUGACCCGAGCCAAAGGCAGACACUCAACCAACUGAGCUGAGCUACCCAGGUGCCCCCAUGCACAAUAUUCUUAACAGAAGUGGAUCUAUCAAUCCACUCCUGCAGCUUUUUUCCUCAGUGACCUUUAAUGGCUGUGUUCAGUGGCCUUGUCUUUUUCUUACCCUCUCCGUCCACUUUGAGGCUUCCUUCCUCCUGUCUUUUGCAUGUUUCCCCUCCUCUUUCUAUCCCCUAAAUGUAGCCAGUCAUCAGUUUCAGGCCCCAUAUUUCCAGGUAUUUGUUUCUCAUUUCUAAUUGGACAGCCCAGCAUCACAUGCAUGAAGCCACUUUCCCUCCUUGCUGCCUUUCCUGGAAAUGUUACCCUCAGUUACCCUGGUUCUUGGCUUCCAAAUUUCCUUUCCUUUGGCUCCUUUCUCUCCUUUGGUUUUCACAUCUGAGCUGCCGCCAAGACAAUUUAGGUUGGGACACUGUUGGCCAGUCUUCAAUCUUCCCUCUGCUUAUGCUGAUGAGUUUCCAUAAUUGCCCUUCAUCCUGCUCGGACUCCCUGGCGAAAUACUGGAGCUUCUACAUUCUGCUUCCAUUUUUCUUUCCUCUCUUCUCUCCCACUAUUCCUCCCCUCCCCACACCCUCAGGAGCUCUUUGUCAAGCCAGUCUGGCUCAUUAGCUCUGUCCCCUGAGCCUGUCUGGGGCUUGACUCUUUCCUGGCCAUUCCCCUGCCAUCCUAAAAAGCUCUUUGGAUUCUUGCUGGUGAGGCAGACUGACACUCAAAUAAUCCUAACAAAGUGCUGUCUUCCAUCUUACAUGGAGGAGCCACUGACCUAGUAGAAAUAUGUCCUUUCUAUUCUCAGAGUAGAACUCUGUGGACCGCACCUCUCCCAUACUCUCAUGUGAUCCCAUGUUGCAGUGAGGAGGAUUCCGUCCUUCCAUAGAGGUCCUGUCUCCAGGCGCACAGGAGGGCAGAUGGGGGAGGGGGAGGAAGUGGAAAGUAGGGCCAUCCUUCACCAUCUCCGGACCCUGUGUUUGACCCUUUGGACAUGUGCCUGCCCCUGGACAUUCUUUUCCCGGUAUGUGAAUUGUAGUUGGUCUCCUAACUGCAUGGCCUCCUAAGCCCCUUCUAAUUCUGUAGAAAGUGUGGCCUGCUUUAGGAAUCCUCUGGCAUUCACUUGAGAAGCCCCAGGGCUUCAAUAGGACAACUCCUUCCCAUCAGGGGGAGGAAGGCUCACAGGGAUAGGCUUGGGAAAAGCUUCCUGCUGGAGGAGCUCCUGGGGAAAAAGGAUGCUCAUCAGAUGCGUGCUGGGGGUGUCUGUGGGUACAGGUAGCAGCCCCCGACCCCCGACCCUGACUUCUUUUCCACCCUCUUGUGACCUAGCUAGGUCAGCCUCCCACAUGGUCUUAGAAAGUUGGAAUAAAGUGACCAUGAUUCCCUUUUCUAGGUCAAGACCAGUGUCUUCCGAGGACUUAAGAGAGAGCCCUCAGUCUCAAAAGGUAUCCACCCCAGGUGGAUUCCAGAAGAGCGAGGAGGUUCUUAGCUCCCCGGCAUUAUCCAUCACUCUUGGCCAACAUGAGUCUCAACUGUUUACCCCGCUACACAUGGCCGAGGUGGAGAAAAUGUUUGAGGAUGAUGUUGACUCGACCAGAGCCCUGGACAUGAAGGCUUUCAUUAAGGCCAUGAAGAAGAUUCUGAGCAAUAUGUCAGAGGAGCUGCUAGAGGUGCUGUUUCUGAAGGUGGACACGGACUGUACUGGGUCCGUCACCUGGCAGAAGUACGUGGAUUACAUGAUGCGGGAGUUCCAGAGAAAGGAGAGGAUGAGAACAAGCCAGUACCGCCUGCGCUUCCACCUUCCCAUGAGGAUCAUCCCCCUGAACCAUGGCUGUGAGAUUGUGAAGGUGCAGUUUUUAACCCAGCGGUUCAAGAAGACGGGACAUCUCCUGACUGUCACCAAGGAUGGGAUCUUGCAGAUCUGGUCUGAGGCCUUCUCGCUGCUUAACUCCUUCAGGCUUAACCAGAUCCAGCAGGUCUAUAACCUGCAGAUGUGGGUCAUCGACAUGGUGUGUCUCUAUAACAUGAACCUGAUUGCGGUUGCAUCUACUGACCAGAAGAUAGAGUUCUUUGACAUUAGCAACCAUAACUGUGCACGGGCCUUCACCUUCAUUGAUCUGGACAGCUGUGUCUUGGCCAUGGACUACUGGUCUGACUAUCACAGAGGUGUGUUCUGCUACGGGGACACCAAAGGCAACGUCAUCAUCUUCACCUCUGACAACGUGACCCACGGGUUGUUCAACCCCCGAAUCCUUCCCAGGACCUCCAAAUGGGAUCACUGGACCAAUGUUUCUGCACGGAAGCUCCUAAAUGAAAAGUCCCCUUUGUAUAGGAGUUACCAGCUGAAGGCGCUCCAUCCCAACUGGUGCCAACAGGUCAAGUUCAUCCCCCAGCUGAACACAGUGGCCUCCUGUUCGGCCAUUGAGAAGUCCUCUCUGGUGCUGACCAUAUUGCCAUCCAAAGCCCCAGAGAGCCCCAAGUUUUCCGUGCUGAACUUAAGAAAAGGGAUUCUUUGCUUUGAUUACUGCCCAGACAAGAACUUAGUGGCGACUGGUGGCUAUGACCCCCUCAUCCGCCUGUGGAACCCCUUCUUCUCAAAAAAGCCCGUGUGGAUGAUGAAGGGGCAUCAGACUUCCGUGACGCACAUCCUGGUGAACAGCAAAAAUAGCAGCAUCCUCCUCAGCGUCUCCAAGGACAAGAAUAUCCGCGUGUGGGACAUGCAGGACUACAUAUGCCUCCAGUCCUUCUGCGGGAAGCUUUUCGCCCUGGGGAACUGCCCCAUCACCAGCAUCUACUUCCACAAGAACGAAGACAGUCUCAUCUGUAGCACCUAUUCGAUUGGGAUCCUCAAAGGGUACUUGGAGACCGAGGAGCCGGGAAAAACAGGGGAGAAGACCACGACCUACAGCUCACCCGUGUGUGCCGUCCUCUACAGCAAGAUUUUUAAGCAGGUGGUGAGUGGCUGCCUGAGCAGCUUGGUGAGCGUGUGGGAGGUGGCGACGGGCAGGCGGACGAUGGAGUUCUCUGUGACCGGCGACCAGCAGAUGGAGCUGUCCACCAUGUGCCUGGACGAAUCGGAGCGCUGCCUGCUCACGGGUUUGCGCGACGGCACCAUAAAGAUGUGGAACUAUGCCAUUGGUGAAUGCCUGCUGGUCUUCCCCAACAUGGACCACCUGGAGAUUAGUGGGAUUGUCCAUAUGAACAAAGCGUUCUAUGUGACCGGGUGGAGUAAGAGAAUCACUUGCUUCAUGCUCCACAAGACCAAGCCAGUGUUCGUGGGCUACCCCUGGCACAUCUUCCACAAGGAGGACGUUCUGAGCAUGGCCAAGUACCAGAACCAGUUCCUCGGGACCUCUUCCUACAACGGGGACAUCCUCUUCUGGAACGUCAACCUGUUCAAGCCCAUCCUCAAUUUCAACGCCUCUGUGAGCCCCUUGCCUUUGCUGCCCAAGAAGGUCCAAGAAGUGGACAACUUCCUGGCUGAGAGCCUCCGGUCGGGCAAGUCCUGCAUGGAGCACCAGGAGUGGGCUCACAGACCACCAGGGCAGCCCCCGGUCCCCAGAGCCAGGACUGUGGCCAACGCCACCCUGCAACGGAACCUGAUGUCGGCGCCCCCGGUGAUGAAGCACCCCAGAGACAAGCAGCCGGAGAGGCCUGCACCCCCACAGAAACCUGUCCACUCUGGAAGCCCCAAGCUGUUAAGAAUGCCCCAUGGCAAACAGUCGAUCUUCAAAGAUGCUCAAAGAGGGGAAUUCCAGAAGAUCCUGCUGCAAUCCAACGCAUCUGUGGAGAAGAUCAUCUUCCUGCAGACCAGGCCUCGCCAGCCACACGUAGCCGUCCUGCUGAGCAGCUGCAUCGACGGCCACAUCUAUGCCUGGUCCAUCCACGGGGGUGGAGGCCUGCUGGGGAAGUUCCCUGUGGACUUCCUAAGCCGGGGCGAUGUGGUCGUGGGUGCCAUGGCCACGGACGAAAAAGACUUGAUCCUUGUCACAGGGGAUUGUAAAGGAUACAUCAAGAUCUGGGACAUCAAGGAUUACUGCACAUUCACUGACAGGUGGUCAUCUCAACCCAGUGGAACAAACAAGUUCCAGUUCUUAAUUCCUGAACGGGUCCAGAUCAACCUCCCACACUACAUCCCCUUGGAGGAGAAGGAGGUCGUGGCUGGCCAGACCAUUUCCCUGGUUCCCCCCAAGCUUCUGAAUACCUGGAAGGGCCACUUGGAUAGUGUGGCAGACAUCCUGUAUGUGGAUAGCUUCCAGCUGGUUGUCAGUGCUGGCCAGGACUGUGACGUCAAGGCUUGGAAACUCUCCGGUGACACCAUUGGGACAUUUGGCCUGAGUGUUUGGAAAAGGUUGCAGGAUGUUCAGAUCGUUGGUGAUCUUGAAGUGAGAAAAAGCUCAGAGGAGGAGGCUCACUCUACCGACGCUGCCCAGAAGGCUUUCCGUCCAGAGCUGCAGGAGGAGCGGGCUCUGGCCGAGGCCCUGGUGUACCAGCGGCGGGAGCAGGUGGUGCUCAUGGCUCUCCUGAAUGGGAAGGCAGACGCUGAGGCUGAGGCGUGGGCUAAGCUGCAGAAGAUCACCCAGACGUCCCCGUGGGCUGGGGAGCGCUCCCCGGAAGACAUUGAGCGCAGCUGGUGCAAGUGGGAGUCCAAGGGCAAGCAGAUGAGCAAAGUUGUGGGAGCAGCCUACAAGCCCAAGGACCGGUCGCGGAGUUCCCGACUCCUGUCCACCCACGUGCAGUAUGACUGGAUGAAGCACCAGAUUUCACCUCAGAUCUACCAAAGCCUGCACUUCAACGGACUGUCACCCACCCACACACCUGACCUAGUGCUUCACAACCUUCUAGAGCAGGAGGGCCCGCACAGCCACCUGGCAGCCCAUCACAGCCACAAGGACCCGGAUCCUGAUAGGGACACCAGCUCGUCUGCCACCUCCCUCUCCCUCAGCGACACCCUCACCCUGACAGCCUCAGGCUCCGGGUUCCUGGAGUCUGCCUUGUCCAGCUCCCCGUACCUCCAGGCCUCCCCCUUGGUCCUGUCCCAGGCAUCCAGGUACAUUGUGCAGAGGUCGGCGACCCCCAUGCCUGCUGCCUCAUCCGUCGAACGGCUCUCAAGACCUCUGAAGGCCACCCUUCGGUCCUCCACGAAGAAGAGCUACCGCAUCCGGUUCUAAGGUGGCCCACCCUCUCUCCAGUUCUCCAGCGCAAGGCCCAGGCCCAUGGGCGUCCUGUCUGUCCCUGGCUUAUUACCCCUGCUAGACCCAGAAGGUAGAGACUUUCUUCUAUUGACCUCCUUCUUUACCAGAGUCCUGGAGAAGAAAAUAAAUAUUUGCAGAUAUCGGAGUCCCAUAGGCCAGGAGGUUGGGUUGUGUGUCCCUUGCCACUUUAGACACCAGGCUGUGUCUGACAUUGGGCCACGUCCCCCCCCCACCAGGCCCUGGCUGGAUGCAGGGGAGAGUCCCCUCCCCCAGGAUACCUGGGGCAGCCGUCUGGCAGGUGAAGCAUAGGGCCGGGACCUCGAAGGCUCCGUGGUGAUGCGGCUGGUGGGUCACGCCGCUGGGCUGAGCUGUUUGCUUCUGCAACUUGGUUCAGCCUCAUGGCUAGCCAUCUGGAGGUGGUGGUGGCUGUGUGUCUCCUGCCCUGCUGUGUGUCUGUCCUCCUCUGCCAUCAGGCACUCGCCAUAGGGAACUCUGCAUUUACAAACUGUCUGCCCCUCCUGCAAGGGAGGCCCCGAAGUGUGGUGGAGGGCACCUUGGCCUGGCUCUGUCGCUUUGGACCCAGGUUUUUCUGAGCCAAAGCCCUAGAU